UUGUUUGGAUAAUGGCGGCGAGUCAGCCAAGAGCGCUUUCAACCUUUCAUUAAAACCGGGUAAAUACCCGACAAACAGCGGGACUCGAGUAAAAUAAACGCUUCCGAGACCGGUUUCUGAUGCCUGCAUUGUGCUGGAGGUUAGGAGGACAUGGUUCUCAGAGAAAAGCUCCUUUAAGGAGGGCGGAGUAGCGAUGUGGAGCCAAUCAGGAGGCGAGAAACCUCCAGCGAUGGAGCCACACAUCAGGGAGUAUGAGCUGUCAUCUGCAUGGAGGAAUCUGAACCAGAGCAAAGCAGCUCUGCGUCACAUUGAGAAUCAUUUGGAGGCGGCGGUUGGUUCGGGAGUUGUCAUCACCUCACUGAACACAGAGAGGACACAGAAAAACAAACGCAGAGGUAGGCAGAGUGUAGAUGGUGAUGAUGCUGCAGUUAAGUCCCGCCCACAGAGUCGACGCAGCCCCGAAAAGAGCUCUCGGAACCCGCUGAGGACCAGCACACAGGACAACGCGCACACCUCACACAGACCCGCCUCCUCUCCCCCCGACGCAUCCCUGAGUCAACUGGUAUACGACAGAGACUGCCGUCCUCUCCACUCAGCCGACGCAGACAGCACACGCUCCUCAGCGCUGGACGCCACGACUGUACGCGUCCUCAAUGACUCACCCGCUCUGCAGAGGUCAGAAGUUACAGUGGGCGGGUCGGAGGUCAGCCCUGGGUCGGCACGGUUGGAGAAGCUGCGUCAGCGUCAGACGGAUGAGAAGCUGGAGAAGCUGAAGGAGAGGAUCAGGAAGCAGAGGGAGCAACUGGAGGAGGCAGCAGACAAGGGGACGGACAGGGUGAUAGGGGUGGUGCAGGGAAACUCCGCCCACCAACAUGUUGCUAAAGUGCGCAAAGUGGCAGCUGCUCCACCUGCGCCGAGCUAUAAAGGGUUUAACAGCAGUGAAGUGAAGAUCCGCUCCUCAGACGGCAGAGUGUGGGGAGAAGACGAGUUUCACUUCAACUCUGAGGUGUAUAAAGAUCUCACAGCACGAGCAAAACGCAAACCAGCAGAGAAAGCUAAGCAGCAAAAGCAGGAGAGGAAGCCGAUCAAACCUGUGAGGAAGAUUUAUCGAUCUGCAUCUGUUCCUGAAUCCAAGCCAGUGAUCAGUGUGUCGUCGUGGCGAGAUGGUCAGAAACUGGUGAAGAUGAUGCUGGGGCCGUUGCCACGGGAACCUCGUGCUCAAUUGGAGGAGAGAGGGCGACAGACAGGUACUGCAUCUCGCUCCAGUUCUGUUCCCCGGCUGGAGUCGAACCACCGUUCAAGACCAAGCAGCGCAGAAAAACCUGCAGUAACCCAGCCCUCCAGAGCAGCAGGGGGCGCCAGAGACAAAGAACAGCCCACACGUAGCUCUUCCAGGACAUCAGGGCGCAACAGAGAGACAGAAACAGCAGUAACUCAGUCACCCAGGCCACCAGGGGGCGCCAUCGCUCUUUCCUCAAGCCUCGAUCUUCUCCCUUCAGACAUCCGUGGCAUGUUAGAUGAUCUGCAUUUGGAAGACGGUGCCAGGUCGCACGAUGUGGGCCGAGUAGGCAGGAAGAGGGUGGGACGAAGCCCAUCGAAGCCACGCCCUGAGAGUGCAGAGAGGGUGCUGCCACGGAAACGACACUAUGACGCAGACGCGGUGCGGCACUACAUCGCUAAGCAGCAGGAGGAGAGGAAGAGGAAACAGGUGGAGGAGAAGCGAAGUCAGAGGGAGGAGCAAGAGAGGCGGAGUCAGAGACUACAGGAGCUGUACAAGAAACAACGAGAAGGGGUUGCCAAGCAGCAAGCCCCACCUCCUAAUCUCAUAAACUCACGUCUGCAAGAGACGUACACGAAGAUACUCAUGGAACACACGCUACAACGGGUGCGGCCGGGGUAUCAGCCGUCUGGAGAAUCAGAUAAAGAGAACAAGAGAUUGGAACCACUCAGUCCUUCCACCAGCGAACUCUCGGAGAACACACCGUCUCCACUGUGCAGGACUGAUUUGGUUCCACCCCCUGCUGGUCAGUUCUUCUCCCAUCUCCUCAGUCUGGAGCCAGAGUCUACAAACUCCGCUGCACAUCUGCGAGACACACACUUGCACAUGGGUACAGGCCACGUGGACACACACACCACGAGCAGGCUGAACCGUGUGGAAACCCUGAAGGCAUGCGCCGCCUCAUUGUCCAACCGAAUCGAAACAGAAGCACGAAAGCUCGUCACCUACAGCAACAACGAAAGUAACGAUGGCCACACCCACCGAGCCAAACUGUCAAGCCCGCCAGAGAGAGAGCGACCCGAUUCGCGCUCGAGGAUCCACAACGAUGUGAGCGAACUUCCUGGUGUCGGAAACCUGUACGACUUCAUCAGCCAGGAGGGGUGGGGUGAGAUCGCUAAACCACACCCACUCCCUGCUGGCUCCACCCUCCCGUUCACUAUGCAGGAAGAGCAACACGACUCGAGCGGAGGCUCCAUCAGCGAGGGCCUGUUGAGCGACAGCAGUCUGUCUGAUCCUGGUGAUUAUUGUGCCGCUCGUAACGAGCACCACGCUCACGACCGCAUCACACUGUUCCAGAAGGAGGCGGAGCUUCAUGCACCAUAUAGGCCUGUGGUGACAUCACAACCUCCAUGGGAGGAGCUAAACAAGGGCAGCCCUCAUAGCGUCAUCAACAUAUUUGCCAAAAAUAUCAAUAAAUACAGCAACGAAGUGGCGAGAUCUCCUCCUGCCCUCCAUUCCUCUCCAUCUGCUCACAGCUUGGCGAAUGGUGUAGUCUAUGAAGACGACUUUGUUUCGUCCCGCAGCAGUAACCAAUCAGCAUCAAAGAGAACUGCUAAUGGAGUCAGUAAUGGGCGGAGCUCUGUGGCAGCGGAUGAGAAGAGAGAGAACGACAGAUUCCCUCACUCCUCCGUCUCCACCCCUUUGUCCUCACCUUCCUCCGCCCACUCUAUGAGCAAGAAAGGGUCAGAGAAAAGUUUGGCGCGCGCCCUAGUGGACGGACAGAGAAGCGUGUCUUCGUUUGCCUCAGAGUCUCAGAAGAGUGACUGGAGGAAGAGUGACUCGCCUCGAGGCUCUCACAGGAGCGCUGAUGGUAACGGUACACCAGGGGGCGCCUCAGUGCACUCCACCCACAGCAUGGUGUCCGAGAUUCCACAGUUUCCCGGAAGCCCCACUGACUCUCCCAGAAUCCCCAGCUCCGCUUCAUCCAGUGCUGCAUCUGACAGAGCUGGAACAGCACUUGGCUCUGCUGCAAACACCGGGCCUGCCCACAAUAUAGUCUCCGCCCCUGGACCCGCCCACAGCAGCACAGUUUCAGAGCUGCAUUUUGCACCAGUUGUGCUCCAGCAGCGUCUAAGCACCGAGCUGAACUUUAUGGAUGCGGUGGAGGAAUCUGUGAGACAGCUGAGCGACGUGGAGAGAGUCAGAGCCGUCUCACUCGCUCAACAGGAGAGUGUCUCACUUGCACAGAUCAUCAAGGCUCAGCAGCAGAGGCAGGAGCGAGAGCUGCAACUGCUGAAGCUGAAAACGGAACAGGAUGCGCUGGGGACUCAGAGACACGUCCAGGAGACCCGAGAGAGAGCAGCGCAGGCCCAUGCGGAGCUGUGUGAGAAUCUGGUUCAGUCCCAUCAAAAGGCUCUCAUGGAGCUGCAGGAGAACAGCAGCAAGAUGAUCCACCAACACGCCGAGAUGACACAACACCUCCGAGAGACGACUGAGAUGGCUCGUUCUCAGAUGCUCAAUGUUCCCUCUGUCACAUCUGCAAGGCAGCCACAUCCACAAACGGACAGGAGUGAAGUUUCAGGAGUGAAAACGCCAACAGUAGACGCUCCACUGAGCAGCCUGACUGAGUCGGAGCCCUUCAGGAUACACACUGCCAGCAGUGUGGGACAGGACGAUAGAGACGGCGUGGACAGGAGCAGCUCUGUGGAAGAGGAAGUGAACACCGCUGCUGAAGACUCUCUCCAAACCGACAGAGCAGACAGUGUCUCGAUCAAUUACUCUUUGAAGUUUGAUGAGUCCCUGACGGAGGACGAGUUGGAGAAGUCGUUCCGCUCCGUGCUUCCAUCUGAGUCUCACUGGAGGGGAUCUGUGGAGAGGAAACGGCAAUCAGAUGAAGAACCCCACCCUGAAAAAUCUAACAAGCAGGACAGCAGUGUCCCGGUGUUCUCAGCGGAUCAGUACAGUUUCUCGGAGUUCACCAUGGCGAUGGUGAAGCAGUGCAUGCAGGAAGAGGAAGUUCGCUCUCGGCAUCAGAGCUCCCUCCUGCGCCUCCGACACCGAGCACUGAAGGAGAAAACCCGUGCUGAGCUCGACUGGCUUGAGCUCCAAAAGAGGCGUCUACGUGAUAAGGGAGAGGAUGAUAAAAUGCCUCCGAUUCGUAAGAAACAGCGAGGCCUCCUGCUCAAACUACAGCAGGAGCAGGCAGAGAUCAGGAGACUGCAGGAGGUGAAUCGGGCGGCACGGAGAGAGAGGAAACUGUUGCUGAAACAGCAAGAGGAGAUCGAGAGGAUCCAACACACAACACUGAAACUGAGGGAGAAACUCAGGAACGCUGAAGAUACAAACCAGAGGUCACCUGUGUCAGGUGUUAGUGAGGAUUUGGCCCCUCCCACUGAGCUGGACGUGGAGUUUCGUAGCCCUUCUCCUUUAUCUGUGUCAGGAAGUGAGACCAGCAGCAUCAUGAAGAAACUGAAGAUGAUGAGCUAUCACACAGAUGAGAGAUUUCUAACUCAGCGCGAGCUGCGAUUGGUGCAUUGGCGUCAGCAGGUGGAGGCGGAGCUGAGACGUACAGAUGUGGCGGAGCCUCAGCGGAAGGGGCGGGCACUCUCAGACCGACACACGCAGCAGAAACACAGUGCAGACAAACUGCAGAGAGACAGACAGGAGGAGAGGAAGACAGGACGAGAAGUGUGCAGUGAAGGUGACUCAUCUUCGGUGCUGUCGGUCUCCAGCAUACACACAGUGCAGGAGUGUGAGAACACACACAGCCAUGAGUCUCCCCUGGUUCAUGACAGUUCCAGCAGUAAAGUGACCUCACACAGCAGCUCCAGGAAGAGGGAUCUCCCUUCAUCAGCUCCUACAUCAGAGGCGGCAUCAGAUCAAAGCGACAUUGAGGGGCGUGUCCUGGCUCUGAGGGCGGAGCUUCGACGGCGUAAAGCUGAAGUGCAGCGUCUGAAGAAGGAGCAGAGACUGAGACACAAAGAGCGACUGAAAGCUCAGGAGGCCAGUCUACUCAAACAGCUGGAGUCCUACAACGACUUCAUUCAGAAGACCAAAGCCGAGCUGAGUAAAGCAGACAGCGCCGCUUCAGCUAAACCCCAGAUCAAAACUCCAACAUCGGGCUCACGCAAGUCCAGAACCAAAAGCUCCACCCCAGAGGACAGGUCUGAAACUGAGAAGAGUUUCACAGGAAGGAGUCAUGAAUCUGAAUCGGACAAAUCAGACAGGAUACACACAGAGUCUCCAGCGUCGAGUGAUGAAGAUCCUCCCACGGUGACCCCGACCCCAGUGUUAGGAAGCCCCAAUCAUCUGAGUCCACCUGAACCCCAACAUGAUGAGCACACCCAACCUGAAGGCUCCACCAGGCCAGAAACCGACGCCUCGGCCAAUCAGAGCGCGGCCUCCAGCCCAAGGUCAGAUGUCAUCGAAGAACUGGAAUCACCGAGGUCAAGUUUGGCCCAGUCGGAACACUCGUAUCCAGAGCUUAAUCUGAAAAUCCAGGACUCAAACGAGAAUAUCUCCAAGAAUGAAACAGAAAUUGCUGUUACAGUCAAAGUCAGCCAUGAAGAAGAAUUUGCGAACAACUCUGAAAAUAUUAAAUCCAGUUCUUCACUCAUAACAAAGCCAGAACCAGAAGAAUCAAAACAGCCAGAGAUUCCUUCACCCGCAGACAUCACUUGCACUCCAGAUGUUUCCCCGAGAAAGGAAGACUCUGAGCUCAAACCCACCGCAUCUCUGUCAGUCGACAGCUACAACGAUGAUUUCGAGUCAGCGGUUCAGGAGGAGAAUCAACCUCACUCGCCGCCUUCUGAAGAUCCAGAAGAUGAAUCCUACAAAUUCUCCUUCAGCAGCAGUGAGGAGGAGAUACAGGAGGAGAUUAGCGUCAAAUCAGGGAAUACCAGUGGUACCUUUGAGCAGGAAAGGCCUUUGGAUCUCGACUUCUUGGGAAAGCACACAAAAGAAAGCGUUGAUGAUGGAGUUCCCAGCCCUCCAAAAUCUCCGAUUGAUGAGAUGCUUGAUUACAUCAUCGGGGACCGGGUUCUGGUGAGCAGCGUACAGCCAGGCACGCUGAGAUUCAAGGGACAAACGAGCUUUGCUAACGGAUUCUGGGCUGGAGUGGAGCUGGAUGUAGCCGAAGGAAGCAACGAUGGUACUUACGAUGGCAUUGUUUACUUCCACUGCAAAGAGAAACACGGGAUAUUUGCUCCUCCUGAUAAGAUCUCCCAUCUACCCGAGACGUUUGAAGACCAUACCAGAACCUCAGAGGAGCAAGAUUCCUCAUUUGAUGAUCGAUCAAAUGAAAUGGAGGAGAUGAACAAAUCUGAAAACAGUCUUCAGAAUAAAAAGCAGGAUCCAGAUCCACCGUCUGACAUGAGAGAGCCAUCCGGGAAAACUUUCGAUAUUAAUUCGACGCCGUCUUGCAUCACUGGAGACUUGAAGAUUGACCCUGCUGCUAUUGAUGGUGAGAUCUUCAAGGACCUUAAUGGAGGAAAUCAUCCUGAAUUACCUGAGAGAUUUGGAGACGUCGUCCUGGAAUUUAAAGAUGUCACAAAAGUCAAGGAAGUUCAGGAAGAUCAAACACCAGACAUUCUGGACCUGCUGAUCCGUGGUGAGAUGACCACAGCAACCGAGAACCUUCAGAAAUCUUUAGAUGUCCCUCCUGAGAAGUCAUGUGAAGAACAUGGGGAUGGAUCAGUCAUGACGGAGAGCAAAUCCCUCUCAACUCUGGCCGAUUCUCUCAUGGAACGCUUCAUGAGCGACACCCUGGAACAGUUUCAGCGGAUCAAGAAAGCAAAGGAGGAGAAAAUCUCAGCUGCCAAUCAACUCGUCUUCCUUGAUGAGGAUGAAGAACCCAGUGAGAGCAGUGUGUCCCAGUUCAGAACUUCAUCCAGCAGCAAGCUUGGCAAGGAAAGCUUCCACAGCUUCUUCGACAAGGAGCAAGAAGAAGUGUCUUCUCCUGAGCUUUGCAACCGAUCGGAGAGCCCAGUGUUGGGUCAGGAGGAGCUGGUGCAGCGUUUAACAGAGCUGGAGCUGAACCGUGAGUUCCUCCAUGUCCUCAGCGAUGAGCAGGACUGGUUCGAUGAGGACUUCGGCCUCAGCUCACGCAAACACGCUCAGCACAAGAACAAACUACGGCAGGAAGAGAUCACAUCCACGUCUGCAGCUAAACUCCCACACGUCCGGCAGCAGGAGGAGGCGGCCGCGGCGGUCAUGUUGGUCCCUCACAAAGCUGCUCAGGUAGAGAAGCUGGUGAGCGCCGCCCUGCUGGAGAUCUGGAGAAGCUGCGGGAUGGAGCGUGGGAAUCAGAGUCUGACCGCGGUGUCCAAACCUCAGGCUUCAGAAACGCUGCUGGGGGAUGAGAACGGCGAGCAGUGUGUACGCAGCUACAAACAGGCGGUGUAUGACCUGGCGUGGGAGCUCAUGCAGGAAAUCUACGCUGAAGAUCCCAACACCAAUCGGCCCCUGUGGAUCAAACCACAGCGUGUUAAUUCACCCUACAUCCACAGAAUCGAUGACCCCAGUGACCUCUCGAAAGUCCAGGCAUUUGUCACCGGCGAGGUUCUGAAGCUGUACGGUCUGAAUAAAGAGCAGAACCACAGAACCGACUGGCAGAAGAUGCUCAAGUUCGGCCGAAAGAAGAGGGACAGAGUCGACCACAUCCUGGUGCAGGAGCUCCAUGAGGAAGAGGCUCUGUGGGUGAACUACGAUGAAGACGAGCUGUUUGUGAAGAUGCAGCUCGCUGAUGGGAUCCUGGACACCCUGCUGAAGGACACCGUGGACGUUCUCACCAACAUCCAUGAGAAGAGAUCCACACGGGCCCUGUCCUGAUCCUCCUGCGCCCCGUCACACCCUGCUGUCAUUUAGGACCGACCCGGGAAUACCGGGUUCUCUGAGAGAUCUAGACGGGUUGUGUCCUGAUUCUGCUGCACAGAUCUCCUGUCGCUCCCUUUAAAAACCUCCCUAUGUUUAGGACUGAUCCGGAUCUCCGCCUUUCGUCUGUACAACUGUACAAUAUUCGCCUUUGUGCUGGUUUUUCUAAUUUAUUUGUAAAGAAAAAACAUUUUUAAGAAAAAAAAAAUUGUAUGAAAAUGUAUAAAGAGAUGAUUUAAGCGUGCGUAAGCGCGUCUAAGCACAUGGAGAACCUAGAGGAACCAAGAGGAACUAAGCAGAAGGGAUCGAGAUGAUUUAGAGAUAUUUAUGCAAAACCAUAAAUUGAUCUAUGAAUUUGGUAUUUUAAGAAUUAAUAUGAUUUUAGAAGACUUUAAUGAUAAGUGCACGAGGAGAGAUUUAGUGCUCUAUUCGUCCUCACUUUCCUGUCUGCCUUUAUCGACCUCCAUAUUAAGUGCCUCAUGGUUCAGGCUCCCUCCGUAGGGAAGAACAGUUUUAAGCCUUCCUCUAGCGUGUCGAGCCGAGCCGCCUUUUUAAUCUCCGAACUCUUAAACCUCCAUCCGUUUCUGCCUUACAGCUGGAUUAUAAAGCAGACUUAGACUAAGUAGUGUACACUUAGUAGUGAGCACUUAGUCACAUAUUUGCCCAAAUGGGACAAAAAAAGAAAAAACCACACACACCUGGUCUUCUCUGAGACCGAAAUGGGCCAUGUCCUAAUUCUGCUGCUCAGUAAACACCGUCCUGCACUCGAUAGUGAACCUCCUCACCUGCAUUUCGAACAAAACCUUGACUUUAUUGAAAGGCUGUGUCUUAAAUCUACACUUUUCCCCCUCAGUAGGGAUCCUGCAUUAAAGGCAGCACCUUUUUUCCAAGAGAUCCAAACAGGUCAUGCCCUGAUUCUGCUGCUCACCUUGUUGUUAGUGCACCCUUCGUACCCUGCAUCCUGUAGAACCAGAAAUCUGAGAUUUAAAACCCAGUCCUGUCCUGAUUCCGCUACUCUGACUCGUUUUAAACACUUAGUAGGGUUCUUCCACCCAACAGGAUGUGUCCUAAAUCUGUAGCUUGGAUUUCCCUCAGUGUAGGAGUUCUUUAAACCCACACUUCUGAGAGAUCUUUCUGCGUUUAGGACAGAACCGGGAAUUUUUUUUUUUUGAGUAGAUUUUAAAAUCCUGAUUAUCUGGUAUUAUUCUAGAAUCCUGAUCUCUUACACACUCCAUAGGGAACUUCCUUACAGUCUGCGUUUAAGACAAUACUGGGGCUCGACUCUUUGAAUUUUCUGUUUUAAUGUUCUAAUGGGCUGUGUCCUAAAUCGUCUACAUGACACACACACACACACACCCGUCGUGUUCUAAUUGUUUAUUUUAGCUAUGCAGUAAGAGGAAUGCAACACAUGCAGGUGUGUUUUCACACUACCUCUUUCAGAGAAAAGACGACUUGUGAUAACUGGUUGUACUUUUUCAUGUCGUGAUGGCGACCUUUUUAUCUCUGUUUUUAGAAUAUAAUCAUGAUCUGCGACAAAAUAAUCAUUUCUCACUCCGCCUUCUUCAAGAGCAGUGCGCGCAUUAGCCGCUCCUUCAGAUAAGGGCUUGUACAAAACAACAGCCUCCACGUUGCCUUCUAAAAGACUCUCGAUCAGGAACCUCCCUAUAGUCUGCGUUUAGGACGAAACACAUACCCAGGUUUUCCGUGUGAUCCAAACAUGAGCAGCAAAAUACCGCCUUCCUGUUCCAGACAUUCUAUGAUAACAGUCUUGCAUGCUGGAAUAUCGCGAUAUAUUGACACACCUGAUUAUCAGCGCGUGCCUGAGAGAUGUGCGAGCAGGUUCUCCUGGUAAAUCUCACAGCCUCUCAGUGGAAACAGUCUCGUUUUCCAUACGGAGGAGUGCAGGAUGCGAGUUGGACGCUUGGACAGAGACGAUGAUGGAGAACGCAGCUCGGUUUGUGCACAUGUACAUAGUGAACCUGAACGACUGUUUAAAAUUGUAAAUAAAGCUCUGAAAGAUUUGAA